UAAUCUAAUUAUAAAAAAGCAUAUCCAAACAGGCCCCAAUCAGCUAUACAUAGGAUGCAAAAAAGAAGAGUAGCUAUUGUUUUACAUAUGUGAGACAGCCUGGGAAAUCUGAAAAAUCAGUUGGUUUCAACGGUCAAUCCAUUCACCGGUGCGAGGACCGCAUCGUAAUUUCACACCCCCCCACACAAUGAUGGUCUCACGAUCAUAUUCAUGGCUGCUGCUCAUCACAUUUUCAUAAUCAUCUGCGUAUUUUUUUCAUUCAUCUUCUCUCUCUCUCUCUCUCUCUCUCCUCCUGCUUUUCCCUCUCUCUCUCUCUCCUCCCUCCAUGGUUUUUUCGCAUUAACCAAUACUGAUGAGAUUUCAUCUAGAUUGGUGAAUUCCCAUGGAAGGGAUUGAGUGAAAGAGUGAAAAGCAUAUUCCACAAUUUGAUUUUGUCGUGUAUUCCUAUUAUCGAUCGCCAUGGCUGCUGAAGCUUCAUCCACGAGAGAGAAGAAACCCCAUGGAUUUAUGACGCUUUUGUCCUCCGCCGCCUCUGAGUGGUUCUUAAUUUUUCUACUAUUUAUGGAAUCGGCAUUGUCCUAUCUCCUCACGAGAUACGCUCACUACUGCGAACUCGAAACACCUUGUCUCUUGUGCUCGAGGCUCGAUAAUUGUUUCUGGAGCCUAUUAUGCACUCACCACAGACAAGAGAUUUCCACCUCUGUAUCGUGUUCCGCCCACUCUAAAUUCGCCGAUAUUCACAGCAUGUGCGAAGAGUGCCUCAUCCCCAUUGCAGCCCAGAACAACAAAGCGAACCCCGAUUCUUAUAAGUUGCUUGUGGGCAAAUUAUGGGUCGAUGUGGAUCGAUCGGUUCUUCAAAACCUAAUGCUGAACAAGCAGAUUUACCGAGGCUCUUCCGACAGAAGGACGUGUUCUUGCUGCGGCAAGAUGUGGAGAUCGAAAUCGAAUGCAGAGAGAUUGCUCGAGCUUAGUAGCUCUAUUGGCUUCGGUGCUUCGAAGGCUAAUGUGAAGCCACCUCUGCCUCGUGCACCUGGCAGAAGCCGUUUUAGCCGUAGGGAUAGUUUGAAGAGAUUAAGAGAUAAAUUCACCGGCCCUAUGGCCCACCAUUCGUCUUCGGGUAAUAAAGAUACUUUGUCUCAUGUGGGAUACACAAAGCUGAAAAUCUCGUCAGAUUCUGAUUCUGAGGUACCGAUGUCUGAAGAAGAUGAUGAUGCAAAGAGCUUUGCUAAAUCGGAAUACGAUGUUCUAUUCGGUAGAAGAAGUGUGCCUACACCUUCGAAUAAUAAUCCUUCGGUUCUUGAUCAUCAGCCUAAUCUUCUUGAUUUAAGUGAUAAGGGCAAGAAUUUAGGAGAAGUUGUUUUGGAAGAAUCUUGUAAUAAUAAAACGGAGCUGAUUUCUUUAUACGGUGAUGGGCCAAUUGAGACUAUAGUAUCGGAUGUUUGUCUCCCCCCUCACAUGUCUGCUCUCUCUGUGCUGUCUGAGCUCCUUUCUUUAUGUAGUGUUCCACCAUUGUCGAACGAUGAGACUGUACAAAAGAACAUUAAUGUUGGUGAAGAAGAAAGAGAAGAAGAUGAAUCUCUAGACAAACACAUCGAAGCUGAUGAAGGAACUUUGUCAAAUGAUGUUUGUUUCGAGCAAAUCAAGACAUGCGAUUCUGCACAAACCGAUGAAUACGCGAAACCUCUGACACACGUGUCUGAUUCUGAGGUGGACUCGGUAUCGAAAAAUGAUAAAGCCACAACGUACGAAGAUUCUGGUACUACUCCUUCUCAGGUGGUACAGCUUCCGGUUAUUUCAGUCCCACUCAAGAAAAACGAGACCAACUACGAUUCUGGUACUACUGCUCAGGUGGUACAGCUUCCGGUUAUUUCAGUCCCACUCAAGAAAAACGAGACCAACUACGAUUCUUCUGAUGGAGCCACACUGAGCGACGUCGAAGGCGAAAAUAUAGUCGAUCGAUUAAAACGUCAGAUCGAACAUGAUCGAACGUGCAUGAACUCUCUGUACAAGGAUUUGGAAGAGGAAAGAAACGCUUCUGCUAUUGCAGCGAAUCAGGCAAUGGCUAUGAUAACGAGAUUGCAAGAGGAGAAAGCGGCACUUCACAUGGAGGCAUUGCAGUACUUACGAAUGAUGGAGGAGCAAGCUGAGUACGACUUGGAGGCACUUGAGAGGGCGAACGAUCUUCUUGCUGAUAAGGAGAAAGAAUUGCAGGAUUUGGAAGUCGAGGUCGAAUUCUACAGAAAUAAUUUUCUUGAUGAAUCGGAGGUGGUUAAUAAUAAGAUUUCGAAAUCGAAUGGCAACUGCACCCCAGUGAACGGUUUGGUGCUCGAUUUCGAGAAUGAGAAGAUCCACAUAUUGCAGUGUUUAAGGAAGUUGGAGAAGAAACUUUCGAAUGAGGAGAGUGAAGAUAAUAAUAGGCGAAAUAAAAUUGUUUCUUUGUCGAAUGGUACUCAAACUCAUGACAAGGAAAAUGAUACUUUGUCGGCGGUCUUGGAGAAGGAAAUUGCGGAGGUGCAUGAUAGAUUGGAAGCACUAGAGUCUGAUAGAAGCUUCCUUAAGUAUGCUUGUGAAUUGCUCCGGAAUGGGAAAGAUGGAUUCGAACUAGUUCAGGAGAUAGCUCGUCACCUACAAGAAUUUCGGAAAAUGGAACUCACAAAGAGAUGAAUAAAGUGAGUAUUUUCGGUAACAUGAUAUAACUUUUGUUGCGUUUAAUGAAUAUGUUUGUAUCGAUUUGAUGGCAUUUAUCGUACUUUGCCAUUUCAAGUCCGAAAUUCACAAUUAUGCUGGUUUUCAGAUCGAGUUUUCUCCAUGAAUGACUGGAAGAGAGAGAGAGAGAUACACAAGUAGAGUUAGAGGUUGAUGAUUGUGUUGUUUGAAAGAGGGGUUGUAAUAGGAGAUAAUGUAAUUUACGUAUACCGUUGUAUCGAACAACAGGCGGGCAUGUAGCAAGUAAGUCCUUUCCUGCCUUUUUGCAUGGUGUGCUGUUAGUAUAUAUACAUACAUUCACAUAUAUAUAUGUAGAAUAGCUUUGUUGAUAUAUCUUAAUUUCAUCUGUUCAUGCAAUGGAAAAAAAAUUAUUGCUUCUGGCUUU